AUGUAUACAAAAGUAAAAAGAGCUAAACAAUCCUGUGAGGAUUGUAAAAAAGAUAAAAAAAAAUGUUUUGGAGGGGAAAACGGCGUGAAAUCGUGCAACCGUUGCAAUUACAUAAGAUCACAAGAAAGGAAAUUCUGCUCCUUUGUAAAAGGCCUUGCCCCUUUGAGAGGUCACUGUGAAAAUCAGCCAGAAAUUGAAAAUCCAAAUGGGGAUAUUUCUUAUUCGCAGAACGUUCUUGAAGCACCAUCAACAGACAAUAAUUUUCCAU